GAGCUGGGGGUGGUGGUGAAGGCAGCGUGUGACAGAUGUACUCCUCUGACAGCUCUCGGUAUCAGCCCAGUGGCUUCCUGCCAUUGGCUCAGUGCAAUGGACCGGCAACGCCGCACACUAUAAUAACACUAAUGCCUGCGAGAGGCAACAACUCUGAUUCCUUCUGCAAAAUCGAGGAGAUGCUGCUGCUGCUGCUGCUGCUCCCGCUGCCACGGCUCAUGCUGCUCCUCUCCCUUCCUCCUGUUCUGCACUGAGACACAAGCUGAGGCUGGUCCACGCGCCUGCCUUCCUCAGCAACCCCUGUGCGCCCCGCACCCCAAACCUCACCUCUCAGUCUGGGAUUCCCCUCCCUUCUCCUCUUCCAGUCAGUCCUCAAAGAGGAACCAAAAGGGAAAAGAAACAAGAAAAGGAGGGGGAGGGGGCAGCAAACCUUCCUCAGCAGAGCUGGGGAAAGAGGAGUUGAGUGUUAGUGUCAACCCUUCCUUCCCAGGAGCAGGGAUUGUGUGUAUGCGUGUGUGUCCAGUGUGAUUUGGCUGCACUUGGUGCCCACCACCACCCUCAUCCAGUCCCGCGUGUGUGUGCUGCUGCUGCGGGCGAGGAGGUGCAUGGAAGCAGCGGCUGCGGUGGUGGAGGAGGCGGCGGCUGCCCCAUGGAGUGUUACUACAUUGUCAUCAGCUCCACGCAUCUCAGCAAUGGGCACUUUCGCAACAUCAAGGGAGUUUUCCGAGGUCCCCUCAGCAAGAACGGGAACAAAACUCUGGACUAUGCUGAGAAGGAGAACACAAUAGCAAAGGCUCUAGAAGACCUAAAAGCCAACUUCUACUGUGAACUCUGUGAUAAACAGUACUACAAACAUCAGGAGUUUGACAAUCAUAUUAAUUCAUAUGACCAUGCUCACAAACAGAGGCUUAAGGAAUUAAAACAGAGAGAAUAUGCCCGAAAUGUAGCAUCUAAAUCCAGGAAAGACGAAAGAAAACAGGAAAAGGCUCUUCAACGACUACACAAGCUGGCUGAGCUACGGAAAGAAGCCACGUGUGCUCCUGGAAGUGGUCCUAUGUUCAAGUCAACCACUGUUACAGUGAGAGAGAAUUUAAAUGAAAUUUCAAAUGGAGAUAUGGUAGAUUCGGUUAAUAAAGAGGAGGAAUUCAAGGAUACCUUGAUUUACAGUUCUCAGAAUGCUAGAGAUGCUGAAGUUAUUGCUUCAGCUCCAGAAAACGCAAAUAAUCAUAAGUCAAAACCUAACAAUCUUGGAGACCAAGUUUCUGGAGUCCAUGGGCAGAAGGUUGGUUUUUCUUUUGCCUUUCCAAAGAAAGCUUCAGUGAAACUGGAAUCUUCUGCUGCAGCUUUCUCUGAAUACAAUGAUGAUGCUUCUGCAGAAAAUGGUUUUAACAGAAGAAGUAGAUUUGUCCCAGGAAUUUGUCACCAUCUAUUGUCUUUGCCAACAGAAGUAGUUUUGAAUCCUGAAGAGAAGCCAAAUUCAUUUCAUUCACUUGGGGAGAUAUGCUCUGAGAGAGAAGAAACUCCUCAAACUCCAGAGACAAAAGAACCUGUGAGUAAAGAUGAUUCUUUAUUAGUGCUCCCUUUUUGCCAGCCAAUACUCCCACUGUCUGCUGAUUCUGAGGGCUAUAUAAAUUCAAAUGUAUUACUGGAUCAGACAAAACCCAAAGAUGUCAUUAUUAAUCAAGACGCAUCUAUAGAUUCUGAUGGAUCUGAACUAUUAGAAAAUAAACCAACAACUGUUGCCAUUGGUACUGAUAGUUUGCCUUUGCCCGCUAUCCAAGAGGAAAAUCCUAAGAAUCUUUACAGUGAUUCAUCCCUUAAUGAACCUGAAGAUAAAACAAUAAUGCAUGAUAUUUUGGUCCCUCCAAAUACUGAUGGGGAUACAACUUUGCAGAAUAGAGAGGACCUAUGUCGAAGACCACAGGACCCUUUUGUACCUGUGCUUAGUAAGUAUGGAUCAACUGUUCUUCAAUGGCCAUCUGAAAUGCUAAUUUAUACAACUACAGAACCAUCAAUUUCAUAUAGCUGUAAUCCUCUAUGUUUUGACUUUAAAUCUACCAGAUCAAGCAACAGUCUUGAGAAAAAUAAGCAUAAUUUAAAUGUUCUUCAUUCUCAGCAAAUGACUGAAGAUUCUUGCAUGAGUCCAAAUAUAGAUUGCAAGGAUGAUUCCAUUGCAGAGGCCAAUGAUUAUGAAAUUGGAAGUAGUAAGAAUGGUUAUAACCAUGCCAUAUCACUUAUAACUGAUGAUAAUUUUAAUAAAGACUGUGAUUCUGCAAAAAGCAAGGAGAUAGACACAGAGCUUGAAGGUGAUCUAUAUACAACUGAAAAACCAGAUAACUUCAUUGUCACCAAAAAACAAAUAAGGCAAGGCACUACAGAUGAGAAACACAAUAAAAAAUGGUUAAAGGAAACUCAUGAAAAUUGGUUUCACAGAAGUAGAAAAAAGAAAAGAAGAAGAAAGGUAUGUCAGCAUCAUUAUGGGGAAGUAACUAAAGAAGAAUCAGAUGCUUCUUUCAAAAUAGAACCAGACACUAAUCAUGCUGAUGUGGCGAAGAACCAUGAGUUGGAAACAACUUCAGAAGUAGAUAGAGAUGAAUGUAAAACUACAUGGCUAACUAAAGAUCAAUUAGGGGAUCCACAUGAAUUAUUGGACAGAAGACCCAAAUCAAUGCCCAUCUAUCUACAUAAGAAUAAAGGAAUGUGUAAGAUGUGGAAUAUGAAGCAAAACAGUGAAGCUGUCAGUUCUAAAAAUUUCCAUAGGAAAAGCAAAGCUAUUUUGCAUGGGCCAACAAGUCAAAUGUUGUUCAAUUCUGGAAAACAUAACUUAACAUAUUCGAGAACAUUUUGUAGUUGGAAAGUCAGAACAGCUAGCUGUAGCCAUGAUCAUAAUUGUUUAGUGCACCAAAAUGAGGUGAAAUGCCUGGGUCAGAAUCCAUCCAUCAAAAGAGGGUACAAUUCAGUCAUUAAUGAACCAGACAGAUCUUAUCGAAAAAGAAGACAGUACACAAACUCUUGUUCAUCAGAUGAAAGUGUAUAUAGACAAAAUUGUUUAACUGAACAGCAUAUGAGACCAACAAGGACUUUAGCUAAGCCCCAUAAGCCUAAGAAGAAACGGAGGAGGAAAAGAACUAGACUUCAUUCUGGAUUUAGAGACCAGGAGGUAAGGGGGAAAAUAAGUUAUAGUUGUGUGAAAGAAAGCUCUUUGUCAAGUAAUCUGAGUGACUUAAUGACCCAGGAGGAAACAAAGGAAGCCAAACCACAACCCAUCCUUGACUUCGCAAGAAACUCGGAACAAACAGGGGCAGAGGAAAAUAAGUUGACUCUGAACUCCUCUGGUUUUAUUCCUCCGGAAACUAAUAGAGAAAUAGAAUAUAUGCAAAUGGAGAAUAAUCCAGGGAAAAUUCCAGAAACUUUCAAACAUGCUCCAGACUCUGUGUUUGACCUCAAACAUUCUCCAGACUCUGCGUUUGAACCCAGCAGCACCCUGUCAAAGUUACCAACUGAGAACAUAAUGGAGCAAAAAGAAAAACAGGAAAGUGUAAAUAUCCACGAAAACCUCCCUCCUUUGAAGCUGCCUAACAUAGAAAAGAGUUUUGGUCCUCCUCCGCCCAAAUCCUACCUUUGCCAUUAUGAACUUGCUGAGGCUCUCCAGCAAGAGAAGGUGAAUGAAGCAGCAAGUGAAUGGCUUCGGUAUAAUUCAGGAAUCCUUAAUAGCCAACCACCGUUACCAUUCAAAGAAGCACACAUAAACGGUCAUACUUUUUUAACUACGGAGCAGAUCCUUGCGCCAUUAGCUCUGCACGAUCAGACUUUACUGUUCCCUCUAGAAAACCAUGAAAAAUUCAAAGAUCUGCCCUGUGACGCGUACCAGCACAUCAUGCCUCCUAGCCUGCUGCCUACCAAGGUCAAGCUGACCUUUGCUCCACCGGCCCUGCAGCCAGUUAGCCCUCCCCUGCAGCCUUUGCCUUUGCAGCAGCCCCUGUGUUCUACCUCGGUAACCACCAUCCACCACACGGUCCUGCAGCAACACGCGGCUGCAGCGGCAGCUGCGGCCGCCGCGGCCGCCGCCGCAGGGACCUUCAAAGUGCUCCAGCCCCACCAACAGUUUCUGUCCCAAGUUCCGGCUCUCGCCAGAGCACCUUUACCUCAGAUCUCAGUAGGACCCAGACUUUGUCCUACAACUCACACGACUUUUGUUGCACCUCCUCAGUUGCCUAUCAUUCCAUCUUCAGUCCUUCAUCCGGGCAACCUGGCUUUUUCCCCUCUGCCCCACGCCCUUUUCCCGUCCCUGCUUUCUCCCCACCCCACUGUCAUUCCUCUGCAACCUCUCUUUUAGUCGCCAGUCAGAGGGGCAAAGGAAAUAUCCAAAUGAAAGCUAUUUCUAUCUAUUUAUGUAAGUGCUCAUCGGCUCUGUAAUGGUGGAAAUCAACAGGCUUACGUUAAGGCCUCAUUAAUUCGAAAUCAUUUACUGUAAGUGUAAUGAUGCAAAUGUAUACAUAACGUUCUUACCCAUGAUAUAAUGAAAGCACUGACUAGUCUCAAACUAAUAUGAACUAUAUGCUGUAUAUUAAACUGUAUUAGAUGAUGUAUAAUGUACAUAAAAUAUAUUUAUAGUACUGUAAUUUAUGUUGUAAAGUACGCUCUUUUGUUUUUUAAUCUUUGUGUACUUGCACCUAUUUAAUGUUUAGAAAGCGGAUGCACUAUGUUUUGUACUCUGUUCCUUGAAACUGUAAAUCCAGUGAUGAAAUAUCUCUUGCAAUAAAUUUUUGUUAACUA